AUGGGGUUCAUUUUUAAUUUCAUAACAAGAAUAGUAAAGCUAUUUAUAAAGUUAUCUUUGUAUUUAGCUAUAUUUGCUACCUUGAUUGUUUUAAUACCGAAUUUACCUCCAUAUUCAAAGUUCACAAGCAUUGUGCAAACUCCAACACAGCCAAGAGUUGGACCUUUAGCACCAAAUGAUGCCCUUAACAAUGUUGAACAAAAGUACAAGGGUAAACUGGUGGGACCUGAAGCCUUUCAAGUGUACAAUGGUGAACUAUACACCAGUCUAUCCACAGGAGAAAUUGUCAAGAUUUCACCAGGUGGUCAUAUUACUUUUGUUACUAAAGUGGGACUACCUUGCACUGGACUCAUACAGGAAGAUAUUUGUGGAAGACCUCUAGGUUUUGAAAUAGACGAUAAAGGUAAAACCCUCUAUGUGGCAGAUGCCUAUCAUGGCAUUUGGAAGGUAGACAUGAAGACAGAUAAAAAGCAAUUAUUAGUUUCACCUCAGGUUGAAAUUGAAAAACGUUUACCCAAACUGUUUAAUUCAGUUGCAUUGGACAAAAAUGGAGAUAUUUACUGGACAGAUUCUACCAGUGACUUUAGCUUGAAAGAUUUAGCGUAUAGCAUGACCACCGAUCCAUCAGGAAGAGUCUUCCACUACAAUGCUGCCAAAAAUGAAAGUAAAGUACUUGUUGAUGACUUGUGGUUCCCUAAUGGACUAGUUUUAUCGCCCAACAACGAAUUCUUGGUCAUUGCAGAGACCUGUCGUUACAAACUGUUGAAACACUACAUUUCAGGGCCAAAAAAAGGACAAACAGAAGUAUUUGUUGAUGGAUUGCCAGGUGUUCCCGACAAUGUGCGCGCGUUACCUGACGGGUCUGGUGUCCUUGUUGGUUUGUUCACAGUGUUCGAUGACGAACAUCCUAUGCUUCAUCGUUCGCUAUCGACCGCACCACUUGCGAGGAAGUUCUUAGCCCGCUUACAGCGACUCAUUGAAAUUCCUUUUGAAUAUCUCAACAGCAUAUACCCACACGUUAUAUUUCAGGAAAUCGUAUACUAUAUUGGUCACUGUAAAAGUGUAUCACCAAUAUCACCACCCUUAUCUGGAUUGGUACAAAUUGAUUGGAAUGGGAACAUAGUGGCCGCUUAUUUCAACAACGAUAAGUCCAUUGGACAUAUCAGUGACGGUAUUGUAUACAAUGACAAACUGUACUUGGGCAGCCCCCAUGUUCAAGACUUUAUUGGGUCAGUACCUGUACCACCGUUGCUAAAAAAAGCGUUUGAAACUGUAAAGAAAAGUGAAUCACCCAAAGUAGAAACAAAACCUCAGGCUAAACCAAAAGUAGAAGAAAAACCAAAAUCCAAGGUAGAAGAAGUAAAGUCAAAGGAGGAAUCAAAACCCAAAGUUGUCCAAAAACCCAAAGUAGAACAAAAACCCAAGAUAGACCAAAAGCCAAAGGUUGAAGAAGUACCCAAAGUAGAACUAAAAGCCAGCAUUGAGUCUAAGCCUAAGGUUGAAACAAAACCUAAUGUAGAAGAGAAGAAAAAAUCUCCUAAAGAUGCAAAUGUAGAAAGGGCGCCUCCUCAGCAAAAUAAACCCACUCAGGCCGUAAAGGAUCCACAACAACCACCAAAAACAACUACUCCAUCACCUAAAACAACCGCACCGACGGCAAAAACUACAGGUCAGCCACAAGCUACUACUACUCCAAAACCGGCAGUUAAAACCACCCCACCACCAUUAAAACCUGCAGAAAAAUCAACGCCUCCACCUCCAAAAACAACUUCUAAAAACCCCGAACAACCUAAAAAAGUACAAACUCCGAAGCCAUCCCAGGAUAAAGUUAAGGAACAAAUUCCCAUAAAAGAGGACAUUCCCUCAGACACAGCGAAACCAGCUAGAGACACUUUAAAAGUAAUAAAGAAAGGUGGAGUAAAAGCAGAGAUCCCUGUUCCUAACAAUCUUUAA